AUGCCUUUCAGCACCAAGAUCGAGCACUUCGAAUCGUAUGAUCGGAUCUCACCGGCAAAAUUGUCUUCGGAGUAUGCCUCGAAGAAUGUAUUGAUCUCAGGCGGCGGUUAUGGGAUAGGAGCGUCCAUUGCACGUUCAUUUGCAGAGGCUCAUGUGGCCAGCAUUGUCAUCGUGGGCCGUACCGAGUCGAGGUUGAAAGCCACGGCCGAAGAGUUGAAACGGGAUUAUCCUGAACCAAAGGUCGAGUACCGCGUGGUGGACAUCGCUUCGGAAGAGUCUGUCAAGGACUUGUUUGCGUCCAUCACAAUACCACUCGAUGUCCUCGUCAACAAUGCCGGUUAUCUCUCAAAGCGUGAGAAUUUUGUGCACGCUGAUAUGAAGGAAUGGUGGCGGUCGUUCGAGGUCAACGUCCUGGGGACGGCCAUGGUUCUGCAGCAAUUCCUCCAGGGCCGGGCUAAACAAAACGCAAAGGAACAAGCUGUGGUUAUCAAUGUCAAUAGUGUCGCUGCUUACAACGUCCUUCUGCCAAGUCUCCUUUCGUCAUACGUCGGAAGUAAGGCAGCGAUGUGGAGGAUGAUGGAGACCAUAUCAAUGGACAUCCUGGACGAGACGGUCCUGCCUGGGAGCGCGAGACUGAUCUCCAUCCACCCGGGUGCUGUCGAGACUGACAUGUACUGGAAGGCUGGUCUCGACGGCGUCGUGCAAAUCGAAUCCACCAACCCCCAACUGGCAGGCGAUUUCGUGGUCUGGUGUGCGAGUCAAGAGGCAGCUUUUCUGGCUAACAGGCUGGUCUGGGUGAAUUGGGAUGUUGAUGAGCUUGUGGCGAGGAAGGAGGAAAUUGUGGACAAGGAUAUGUUUAGAACUUCCAUGUCUUGA